AUGCCUGUGGACACUGUGGGACCAGGUCAGUGGCCACAGCCCGAGCCUGGCCUCUCAGGCCCAUGGCAUAGUUGUGACUUUGGGAUAGAGUACAAGGCCAAACUGUCCACUUCAAGAUGGACACUAGACCCCCAAGGCCUGAUCUGCCUUUAUCCCAGCUACCGCAAAAAUGUCUACAUCGUCCUGGUGGGGACAGAUGCUGUCCUGGUCAUCCACUUCCCUCUCACACCUUGCGGCACCACAGUUCAGGUGGCUGGCCACCAGCUCAUUCAUGAAGACCACCUGGCCUCUGACGUCCAUGUCUGAAAGGGGCCACCAGCUUCCAUCACACAGGACAGUACCUUCCAGCUUCAUGUCCGCUGCGUCUUCAACACCAUGGACUUCCUGCCCACUUGGGCAUCAUCCACCUUCCCGCCUCCGUCUCCUGCCCCUGUGACCCAGCCCAGCCCCCCACAGCUCUAACUGAGAUCACCAAGGUCUGUGGGGAGCCCAGCCCCUAGGCCAGUCCUGGAGCUGCACCGGCAUUGGGCCGAUCCCAGUGCCCGCCCCUUCCUGCAGCCCCAGGGGCCCAUCCUUCCCACAGGAGGCAUGAGCCUGGCCCCAAGAUGUCCUUUCAAAGGCAACAGCAACAGAACACUGGCAGCCUUGGACAGGGCAGCCCUGCCCUUCUGCUCUCACUACCAGGGUGUCACUGUUACCACCUUCGCGCUCCUAAACUCAGGUCCCCAAGAGCCCCCAGAGCCUUGUGCCUGGCCCCAUCUGUUAGGAUCUUCAGGUCACCGCAGUGACAUUGCCAGGCCCCAGGACAUCAUGAGCUCUUUAGGGGCAGUGGGCUUUGAGGACCCCUAUGGGCAGGAGCCCUUGCUGGACCCACGGGAGUGGGCCGGUUACACCAGCCUGAGUCUUCUCCUGUGGGUGGUCCCUUUGCUGCUGGCCAUUGCCCUUGUCCUAGGGUUUGAUGUCUUUAUGGGCCUGAGCCAGACUUGGGCCCAGAAGCUACAGAAGGCAACAGAGAAUGGGCUCAAUAAACCACGAUUUCAAACCUAUUGA